CUGCAGAAAACAUCAAGAUUCAUCGUUGGUUUGAUAAGCUUGGGGUUCCAAUGGCAGACCUCCAAAUUGUUCUGGCAAGCAAGAAUGUGGAGGCACAGUAUGUAGAAAUGAUGGUACCUCUGUAUUCAUAUGGUUGUGAGAGUAAAGUUAAGAAGGCAUUAGCCCAUCUCAAAGGUAUAUACUCUGUAAAUGUGGAUUUUAGUCAGCAGAAGGUGACAGUGUGGGGAAUAUGCAACAAGUACGAUGUGCUAGGAAGCAUAAGGAACAAGAGAAAAGAAGCUCGAUUUUGGAAUCCAGAGGACAAUGUGGCAUUAGAAGAAUCACAAACAACACCAUCGUCACCAUCUUCUCCUUGUCCCAGACCCAGACCCAGAAGCUCCGCCAAAGCUUUGGCUCUGAUAAGGGGACGGUCUAUGAGCUGGAAAGUCUGGAAGAAAGUCUUCGUUAGAUCUUACUCUUUCUAAAGUAAGUUGUAGCAGACGAACAAGGUAGAAAAAAGAAUUAAAUGAAGUUGGUCAUUAUAAAGGUUUUUCUCGCAUCUAGUGUGAAACUGAUUGGGAUGUAAUGGGCAUUAUGCAUUCAGUCUCUAAUGGAAUAC